GCGUGUUUGUGUGUGUGUGUGUGGGGGGCGGGUUUGGAGGGGAGGUUACCGGGGGCUCCACGGCCUCUGGGCGGCAGGGGCCCCGGUGACCAAGAUGGGGGUGUUCUCACUGUCUCCCACCUGGAAGCCUGGACCCCCCCUUCGGGCGCUCUAACCUCCCCCGGGUCCCUGUCGACGAUCGUGCCUUCCGGAGCGUCCCCGGGGGAGCGACACCCAGUCCCCGGGCCCUUCCCUCCGGAGCGUGAGCGGGGCGGCCUCAGCCCGCCGGGCCGUCGGGAGCCCGGGAACGAGCCCCGCCUGUCGGCCUGGGCUCGGGGAGAGGCCGCGGGGCCUGGGCCGCGGAGGGCAGAGCACCCGCUGGGGAGGAAGGCAGCGUGGUCACGGAGGAGGAGGAGGACUCGGGUGGAGCUGCAGAGUUGCCUUUGAGCCCUGACUCCUCGGCUUCCCGGGUCGGAGGAGACCUUGUAAUGGACUGGUUCUUCGUCUCACACUAACAGGAUGCCUGAUUGCCUCGGGAUCGAGGGAUUGAAGAAUGUCUCGGGUUCCGCUGGGGAAAGUCCUUCUGAGGAAUGUUAUCCGGCACACCGAUGCUCACAAUAAGAUUCAAGAGGAAUCAGAUAUGUGGAAGAUAAGAGAACUGGAGAAACAGAUGGAAGAUGCUUACCAAGGGACCAGACGGAAAAUAAUACCUAGCAGUUCAAGCCGAAUGCGUAGUGAUGGCUUUGAUGAGGAAAGUCAGAGAGACUAUUGGAGGCCAAGGAAUGAAAUUUCUGGGACACUGACAGAUGAUUUUCUUAAGGCUAAAUCCUGGAACAAGAAGUUAUAUGACUGUGAAGCUAACAUGCCCGACAGAUGGGGUCACAGUGGUUAUAAAGAGUUAUACCCUGAAGAAUUUGAAACAGACAGUGAUCAGCAAGAUAUUACCAAUGGAAAGAAAAAAUCUCCCCAGGAAAAAUCAUCUACCCAUGAAUCCCACAAACACAAAAAGUCAAAGAAAUCCCACAAAAAGAAGCAGAAAAAAAGGUCACACAAGAAACAGAAGAAAAGGAAAAAGGAAGCUACAGAUGUAACAGCAGAUUCCUCAAGCGACUUCUCAGCAGAAACUAGGGCUUCUGUUACUAGAAAAAGGAAACAACCACACAAGUGCAAGAAAAAGUCAAGGAAAAAGUCUCUGAAAAAAUCUGCUUUAUCUUUAGAGGCAGAAAGUGACACUUCUCAGUCAGAUGAUUCCGCAUCCAGCAGUUCUGAGGAAAGUGAAGAAACAGACACUAAGAAAACCAAAAGGAAAAAGAGAGAGAAGAAAGUCCAUAUCCCUGUAGUUAACAAUGAAAUACAGACAAGGACAAAUAAACGUACAAAUUGGAAAGUUGCUACAGAUGAAAGAUCUGCUGAGAGUUCAGAUGACGACUAAGUGAGAACGUUUCUUCAGUUUCUGCAGGACUCUGGUUAUUUUCAGCUUUCACCUUGGGGGGUUGCCCAUUACACUGUGGCUCAGCCCAGGGGUCCUCAGGUCAGAGCUGUCUUGUGCCAUCUGUGUAUGUUCUGACAGAGUUCUUAUGUUCUAUUUUGUCCUGUUAAACUUGAUCUUCUCUUACUGUUAAUAGGGAAUCUAGUAUUUUGUUAUGAAAGUUUCUUGAAGAGGUUAUUUUUUUGCAAUUACUCACAUUCAGUGUAAAGUGUAUAUAAAGCAAAUUAAAAGGCCCAAAAGGCUAAAUUUAAUAAUAACCUGGAUACACCAAUUGGAAUACAGCAUUGGGGAAAGCAAAGGUGGGCUUCUGGAGGUGGCUUGGAACCAGCAGUGUGUAGAAUAGUGUAAUGGAACAUCAUAAUCUCAUCUGUUUGUGCCACAACUAGGUGUUUUUGUUGUUAGCCUUGGGGCUUAUGUGUUUUGGCCUCGCAGGUGUGGUCUCAUUUACAUGAGGAAAUGAGCACAAGAACAAAUUUCCCCUUUGUAACACCCAUAAGCAAUUAUUGAAGAUUAGGAUUUUGUUAAGUAAGCCUGCAGGGUUGGGUUGUGGCUGUACUAAGUAGGUCUCUAAACAUGGCAGUUUAGUGAAUGACUUUCUAGUUCUACUGCAGCUUAUUGCCUACAUAGUGUUCAGAGUUAUUUCAGUUGUCUUAGAUAAAUUCUAAACCACAUGAGGAAGAAUUUGGAGCUAGCAAUGUUAAUGAUACUUUAAACAGGAUUCAGUGCAGCAACCCCUCUUAAAACUAUUAAUGUAAAUUUUAGAUUUCCCUUGAAACAGUUCUGUCAGUUGAAUCAGUUCUAAAUGACACAGGCUUCUCAGGGACAUAGCCUUCUUCCCAGUCUGCCUUUUGAUUAAAGCACCAAGCAGAGACCACAUUAUUCCUUUUUACUAUAUACCGUGUUAAUUUUUAAGAAACCAAAAAAGCAGUGUAAGAAAGGUGGGCAGGACACAAGUGAAUUUUUUCUCUAUGGCACAAGAUCACUAAACACAUCAUUUUGCCUGGCUUUUAAACCCCCAGAGCAGCUAAGUUACUCUGUCCCUGGCCUUAAAAUCCUGUGUAAAAUAGAACACGUACUUGGUAGGAUGACAGUGUGAGACACCAGCAAUAGAGUAUAAAUGUGACAUUUCACUAAGUAGUAUUUUAUAGUUGCACUAAAUUUGUUUUCUUUACAGAUUUCUAAUAAAGCAUUUAUAGUCUUAAAUAGA